AUGGCAGCCAAGAUAUUUGCUCUUCUUGCUCUUCUUGCUCUUUCUGUUAGUGCUGCUACUGCGGUUGUUAUUCCACAGUACUCUUCUCCGUUCAGUGCUGCUACCAUAGCUAGUAUUCCGCAGUUCUUCCCAUCAGUUGGAGCUUUUGGAUUAGCACAAUCUAUUGCGCAGUCCUACAGGCAACAAUAUGCAUUUGCAGCAGGCAUUCCAUCCCUGUCGCCCUUGACGUUCCAACAGUCAUUUGCCAUUCCGCAGCUGCCAUACCUGUACAACCAAUUGGCCAUCCCACAAUUGCCAUACCUAUACAAUCAACUGGCCAUCUCACAGCUGCCAUAUCUGUACAACCAACUGACCAUCUCACAGCUAUCAUACUUCUACAACCAACGUGCCAUCUCUCAGUUGCCAUAUCUGUACAACCAACUUGCCAUCUCGCAACUACCAUACAUGUACAACCAGCUAGCUAUCGCAAAUCCCACAAACUUCAUGCCAUUCAACCAAUUGGCUGUGAGGAGCCCCGCUACAUUCUGGCAACAACCCUUCGUUGGUAGUUCCUGCUUUUAG